CCUGCGGCCGGCGGCCCCAUCUACUCCUCUACCGGUCUUCCUUUUUUAUCCUCACAGCAGCCGCGGGCGGAAAGAGAGAGAGAGCACUCGUUGAAGACUUUCCCUCUUUUCAAUUCUCGACUUAGAUCUAGAAGUGCCAGAAGAAGAACACGAAGAAUCAGAGACGACUUUUCAAACUCAAACUCUCUUUAAGAAUAAAGCAGAACCCAAUUGGCAGCAAUUCCGAACCAUUCUCUUCUUCUAAUUCUUCCACAAUUUGAUCGAACCAAAAAAACAUCUACCUGAUAUUUGCAGUUUAGAUUUCUGAGACGAAGAAAUUCGAGUGAUGAGCUCCAACGCUCCCUCAUCCAGCUCCGGCGCCCCCGGAUCCGCCGAUAAUUCUGCAACCAGAAGAAUUUCCAGGCGACCCAAGUAUUCAAGGUUUACGCAACAGGAACUUCCUGCUUGCAAACCAAUAUUAACACCAAAGUGGGUUAUCUUAGCUUUUCUGCUAGUCAGUGUUGUCUUCAUUCCCAUUGGACUUGUUUCCUUGCUUGCUUCUCGGGAUGUUGUUGAGAUUGUUGAUCGUUAUGAGGCCGACUGCAUACCAAGCAAUUAUUCAGGAAAUGAAGUUCAGUUUAUACAAAGCAAUCUAAAUAAAAACUGCCCUCGUAUCCUGAGAGUACCGAAGCAUAUGAAGCAGCCUAUUUACGUGUAUUACCAACUUGACAACUUCUAUCAAAAUCAUCGCAGGUAUGUGAAGAGCCGAAGUGAUCAGCAAUUGAAGGAUAGAAGCAGCGAGGAUGAAACUAGUUCUUGCGAGCCUGAAGAUAAAGUCAAUGGGACUGUCAUAGUUCCCUGUGGCCUUAUAGCCUGGAGUUUGUUUAAUGAUACUUACAGCUUUACCCGCAACAAUGUACAGCUGACUGUAAACAAAACUGGAAUAUCAUGGAAGAGUGACAGGGAUCACAAGUUUGGCAAAGACGUCUAUCCAAAGAACUUUCAGAAUGGGUCUCUGAUUGGGGGUGGGACGCUUGACCCAGAGAAGCCGUUGAGUCAGCAGGAGGACCUUAUUGUUUGGAUGCGAACUGCUGCUCUUCCAACGUUUAGGAAGCUAUAUGGGAAGAUAGAGGUGGAUCUUAAUGUGAAUGACGUCAUUAAUGUCACAGUCGGGAAUUAUUACAAUACCUACAGUUUCAAUGGCAAGAAGAAACUUGUGCUUUCUACCACUAGCUGGCUGGGUGGAAAAAAUGAUUUUCUGGGUAUUGCGUACCUUACUGUUGGUGGCUUGUGCUUCUUUUUGGCUAUGGUUUUCACUGUGAUAUAUCUAGUUAAGCCAAGGCAACUUGGUGAUCCAUCUUAUCUGUCAUGGAACCGGAACCCAGGCGGUCACUAGCAGGCUCAUAAGGUGUGCAUUGCCUUGAGCUAUCUGUGAUUGAUUAAAGAGGAUGGAAGCUUGUAUUGAUAUUUUGGAACCAGCUAUGUACAAAGUGGUUGAAAUGUUAAAGAGAUUGAGUUUGUUAUGUACUUAAUGCCAGGCAUUACAAUUAACUAUUAAGGAGCAUAUUAUGUUUGAUAAAUUCAUCUUUCCAUUU